GCCUACGGCAUUGAGCAUUCAGUUGAGUGUAAUGGUGGCUGUGAGUUCAUAUCGAGGCCAGUAUUGAUCAGUCUGUGUUUACAGAGCGAUCUGAACAGAGCUCUCCCCUCAGUGACAGUCGCUCAUAACACACAAUCAUGUUUUCUGUGAUGAUACAGCCAAGCAGACUCAGUUCCCACUGCUUCCUGCUCCCUGUUGCUCUCAGCUUGGUCUUGCUAAGUGAGUUUGCUAAAACCACAGCGAGCGAUGAGAGCUCCAGCGUCCGUGAAACCCGUUCAGUGGGUAUUCAGGCGGUAGUUCAACCAGUGGACUGUGUUCUAUCAGACUGGAGCCGUUGGUCCCGCUGUGACACCUGCACAAAGAAGAAAUACCGCUAUGCUAAACUGGAGCAGCCAUCUCAGUUCGGAGGAGAGCUAUGUUAUCUUCAUGGCAGGCAAGAGGAGUCCUGUGAGGUUUCAGCCCGCUACACCUGUGAUAAUAUUCCUCAUUGUGAGGGAUUCCUCUGCACACAAACAGGUCGAUGUAUCCACAGAACCCUGCAGUGUAAUGGAGAGGACGACUGUGGGGACAUGUCUGACGAGGCUGGCUGUCAGAGGGUUUCCAAGCCCUGCAGGGAGGAGGCUGAAGAGUACUGGGGAAUUGAAAAUCUGGCCAAAGGGAUAAAUGUCCUGAACAGCCACUUGGAAGGCAUUGUGUUGGAUAACAGAUACUAUGGAGGUGGCUGCCUGCCUCACUACAUUCAGGAUGUCCCAUUUAGGAAGCCAUUCAACUUGCAACAGUACACGUUACAGACAAGUGGGUCAUAUGAUUUUACCCUGCAGUCAUUUGAGUCGUACUCUGACUACAUGGCAUACACUCAUAGGGAACGGAUGACCCAAACUUCUAUCUCAAUUGGCUUCAGCAUUCCAGGUGUUUUCAGUUUUGGUUUUAACUACAAGGAUUCUAAGUUCUCCAAAUCAGUCAGCAAGAUUCGACGUGCCUCUGGAGUUAAAAACAGUUUCAUUAGAGCCAAAGCCGAGCUGGAGUUGGCCCAGUACAUCCUGAAGUCUGACGGGUUGGUACUUCACCCUGAGUUCCUACAGCGCCUUCGCUCCCUGCCACAGGCAUAUGUCUACGGAGAGUACAGACAGAUCUACAGAGAUUAUGGCACCCACUACAUCACUGAGGCUACCCUAGGAGGAGACUUUGAGCACACAAUCAUCCUGAACAAAGAGAAGCUAGAGAAGUCAGAUUAUAAUUUGGACCAGUAUAAGUCUUGUGUGCAGGCAGGCUUGCAUAUCGGGUUGACCAUUUACGAGGUUCCCUUUUCUCUUGGGGUGAAUGCUGGAUCCUGUAAAGGCUUACUGAAUGAGAUGGGAGAGGACACAAAGAAUGGGAUAAUGGUUGAAGAUUUUGUUGCCAUGGUGAGGGGUGGAAAUAGUGAAUCCAUCACUGCCCUGUUGUCUACGAAACUUCCCGGCCCACAGCUGAUGAGGCUCUGGGGUGAAAGCGUCCGCUUUAACCCAGACUUCAUUCGCAUGACAACCCGGCCACUGUAUGAACUGGUGACUUCCAGAGACUUCGUCCAUGGCGACAUCUUGAAGAGAAACUUGAAGAGAGCGCUGUCUGAGUACCUGACUGAGACCAGCUCCUGUCGCUGUUCUCCAUGUCGUAACAAUGGAGUGGCUGUUUUAAAAGGCACCAGAUGUGAGUGUGUGUGUCCUUCUGGCUAUAGUGGACGGAGCUGUGAGAUCACUUAUAACCCAAAAGAGCUGGGCAUCGAUGGCAGCUGGAGCUGUUGGGGAGCGUGGUCAUCUUGCAGCGGGGGGAGAAUGACCCGCAGUCGUCAGUGCAACAACCCGCCACCAAGCAGCAGUGGCCUCCAAUGCAUGGGCCUGCAGCAGGAGUCCACUGAGUGCUUUUAAAAUCACUAUUACU